UUGUGAAUUAGUAUAGGUUAGGGUUGAAGUCAAGUUAUUUUUUGCGAUAAUAAUAGAAUAAAACUCAAUGAGAAAAUAUUGUACUAACUUUUGAAAAUGGAUGCUUAUGAUAUUUUUAAGAAAUUAAGUCAGGGUGCAAAGUUUUCUCGUGAACAUAACACUAAAAAAAAUAAUAACAGUAAUAUUGAGAUAAAAAUUGAAAAAAAUGAUAACGAAUCACAAAACCAACCCAUACCUACGAAAAAGGAAAAGGAGGAAAAUCCCAUCACACUUUUAAGUACUUUAAAAUCUUCUACAGAGAUAAAAGGCAGAAAACGUAAACAUUCCGAUUCUGAAAUUAACGAAAAAAAGAAGAAGUUAUUAAAACAGGAAGAGAUAAACCAUUACAGAAACAUAAACAGAAUAUCUGUUGUUGGAAAACACGUACCAGAACCUGUUAAAACAUUUGACGAUUUAAACGUAGAUCCUAUUAUAAUUAAUAAUGUAAAAAACUGCUGCUACAUUGAGCCAACUCCAGUACAAAAACAAGCAGUUCCAAUUAUGUUGGAGGGGAGAAAUUUACUGGCUUGUGCUCCUACUGGGUCUGGUAAAACUGCUGCCUUUUUAAUCCCAAUUUUGCAUGAUCUUAAAGGGCCUAGAAAAGAGGGUUUUAGAGCUCUUGUAUUAUGCCCAACAAGAGAAUUAGCAAAGCAGACUCAAAGAGAAUGUAUUCGCUUGUCAGAAGGAAAAGGCUUUCACGUGCAUGUCAUAAGCAAAAUUAAUAAAGCUUUGACACAGUAUGGACCAAAUAGUUCUAAGAAGUUUGAUAUUUUGAUAACAACUCCUAAUAGAGUUUGCUUUUUAUUGAAGCAAGAUCAGGCUGCGCUAUCAUUAGCAAAUAUUAAAUGGUUAAUCAUUGAUGAGGCAGAUAAACUCUUUGAAACUGGAAACAGGGGUUUUAGAGAGCAGUUAGACCAAAUAUUAAAUGCUUGUACAAACAAAGAGAAAAAAUUGGCCAUGUUUAGUGCCACCUACACACCAAUGGUUGCUAAAUGGUGUGUGCACAAUAUGAAAGGAUUAAUCCGCAUUACUAUUGGUCAAAGAAAUGCUGCAGCAGAUACCGUGGACCAAGAAUUACUUUUUGUUGGUAAUGAACAGGGCAAACUAUUAGCUUUUAGAGACUUGGUCAAAAAGGGUUUGACCCCUCCAGUUUUAGUUUUUGUUCAAAGUAAAGAUAGAGCGCAACAAUUAUUUAAUGAAUUGAUUUAUGAUGGAAUUAAUGUUGAUGCUAUCCAUGCAGACAGAACCCAAUUGCAGAGGGAUAAUACCGUCAAAAGUUUUCGAGAAGGCCGCAUUUGGGUUUUAAUUUGUACCGAGUUGAUGGCUCGUGGUAUUGAUUUUAAAGGUGUUAAUUUAGUGGUAAAUUACGAUUUUCCACCAUCGGCCAUUUCUUACGUACAUCGGGUAGGAAGGGCUGGGCGUGCAGGACGUAGGGGUAAAGCCAUUACUUUUUUUACAGUGGAGGAUACUGUUAAUUUGAGAAGUAUCGCUCAUGUUUUGAAAGAAUCUGGUUGUGAAGUUCCUUUAUAUAUGCUCACUAUGAAGAAAACUUCAAAGAAAGAAAGAAAAAAACUUGAAAAAGCAGCACCUAAGAGAGACGAUAUUGAUACAAGACCUAAAUAUGAAAUUUUGAAAAGAAGUAUGAAGAAAAAGAAGUUUUCUUCAGUGAACCGAAAGGAUGUAAAGGGUCCAGAAAAGGAAAAAUCUCAAAAAUCUGAACAACAUAAAAAGAAAAUAAUGAAAAAUAAAAAGGUCAAUGAAAAAAUUACAAUAUCAAAAAAGAACAAAAUUAUGGUAAAAAAAGGAAAAAAGAAGAAUGCUUCCACUAAAUAUACAAGAGUACUUUUGCGUAUUCUUGUUUUUCACGUAUGUUUCGAAUUCGUUGUUUUACAAAGCCGUUUUAUAUGGAUGGAGAGACACAUACAUACAGGCAGAUAUAACAAGCAGCUACUGGGACUGAAAAUCCCAAUGCUAAUUCCACAUGUUAAAUCAAGUGUUUCAGGAAACUAGCAAACAGAGGAAUUGAAGUUGUUUCAGUAGUUAACAACUCAAACGGUAGGUCUCAUCUGAAGUGAACAAUAAAUUAACAUAUUCGUCCCAUAAACAUAUUUUUCUU